AUGGGCAGACAGAGCGCUUCCGAGGUGGUCUUCAUCUGUCUAAACCACAACAUAACGCUUGUAGGGAAGAUAUGGUUGAUCCUGAUGAUUUUACUGAGGAUCCUGGUCCUGCUCUUUGCAGGACACCCCCUCUACCAAGAUGAACAGGAACGCUUUGUGUGUAACACCAUCCAGCCGGGCUGUGCUAACGUCUGCUACGACAUCUUCGCUCCUAUCUCUCUGUUCCGCUACUGGCUUGUUCAGCUGCUCGUUCUCUGUCUCCCAUACAUCAUCUUCGUUAUCUACGUCAUCCAUAAAGUCACAUCACGCCUCACCAUCGACACUACUGACCCCUCAGAUAGAGUUAGAGCUGAACCGCUCUACCAGAUCCAGCAGGAGUCAUUCAGGAAGAUGGCCCUGGCCAAGACAGCUCUCCAGGUGCAGCAUGGCAGGAGUCAGUGCUUCACAGCAGCAUACACCCUCCAUCUUCUGUUCAGGAUACUGCUGGAGGCCGGGUUCGGGGUGGCCCACUACUACCUGUUUGGGUUCUAUAUCCCCAGAAGGUUCCUGUGCCAGCAGACUCCCUGCACCACUCAGGUAGACUGCUACAUCUCCAGGCCCACGGAGAAGACCGUCAUGCUUAACUUCAUGCUGGGGGCCGGAGCCCUGUCGUUAUUACUCAACUUGGCUGAUCUCAUCUGCGCCAUCAAGCGCUCGGUGACGCAGAAGACCAAAAGGAAGAUGUUGGUGGAGAAGAUGUACGAGGAGGAGCAGUACUACCUCCCCUCCAGCGGGGGAAGCAGAGGCGUGGAGGCUAACAUUCCUCUACUUCCCCAGAACCUGGUGGUGGAACCUAUAAUCUUCCGGAAGAGAGGGGCAAGUAAGUCCAGCACUGCUGACCACGGAGCCUAUCCCCAACUGGGGGAGGCUGAGAACACCUCUGCCCCUCGCUGUGGCUCUAGUUUCUCCUCGGGGCAUCCAGGCGCCAACACCAAUGGGAACAACCUCUACCCUGCAGCCCAGGAGGAGGGCCCCGAAGCAGAGGGGAGCGAGGUGGCUCUGUGCCCUGUAGAGCCCAUCGGGACACCCAGGUCCAUCAGGGUUUGCAAACGCAGUCGCCUCAAACCGCCCCCGCCCCCACGACGGAACCUGUGCCCCCCAACGGCAACCGCUGCAGGCGUCCCACCAGGAACAGCGGUGUGCACCAGGAGAGUGGGUCAGUACACCCUGGUAGAGAUGACAGCCUCGGACUUGCAGUCGAACACCAGCGAGGGCCAGGAGAAGAGGUCUGAGUGGGUUUGA